UAUAAUUUGAGCGAACUGGAUUGGACUAGAAUUUGGCCUUGCUUGGGCACACCAACUCGAAAACAACGCAUCUGAGAAGCAGAGAGUUCUGAUGGCCAUGGCUGCAACGAUGAUGCUGCCAAAACUCGCCUCUUUCAAUCACUGCCCAGAAAUCCGAAACCCCUAUUUCCGGUUUUCCAGGAAGAACCCUCGCCGUUGCCUCACUAACAAUGGUAAUUCCUUUCCAGUUAAAUCUUCAUCGAUACAAGGAAUCAGCGGGGAUGAGAGGAAAGUCAGAAGACUUGUCCAAGAAUUCAACCCCAAAAUUCCUAUAGAAGAAGCGGUUACCCCGCCAAGCUCCUGGUACACUGACCCCGAUUUCUAUUCUCUUGAGCUCGAUCAAGUCUUCUACAGAGGAUGGCAGGCCGUUGGGUAUACCGAACAGAUUAAAGAGCCACGCGAAUUUUUUACUGGCAGAUUGGGAAGUAUCGAAUAUGUCGUGUGUCGGGAUGAAAACGGCACAUUGUUUGCAUUCCACAAUGUGUGUCGCCAUCAUGCGUCUCUUAUUGCCUCUGGAACAGGGAAAACAUCUUGCUUCGUCUGUCCAUAUCAUGGUUGGACAUAUGGAUUAGACGGAGCACUUGUAAAGGCAACAAGAAUAACAGGAAUCAAGAACUUCAAAGUGAAUGAAAUGGGACUUGUUCCUCUCAAAGUUGGCAUUUGGGGGCCAUUUGUAUUGAUCAAUUUUGAUGGAGGAAUGAUGCCACAGAAAGGUCUUGAUACUAAUGGUGUGGCCCAUGACUGGCUAGGUAGUACAGCAGAAAUCCUGAGUUCCAAUGGAAUAGAUGCAUCGUUGGUUUAUCUUUGCCGACGUGUAUAUACGCUGGAAUGCAAUUGGAAGGUUUUCUGUGACAACUAUUUAGACGGCGGUUAUCAUGUGCCUUAUGCACAUAGAGGUCUUGCUUCUGGUCUCCAGCUUGACUCAUAUUCUACCGAAAUGUAUGAAAAAGUUAGCAUCCAGACUUGUGGUGGCAGUACCAAGGCAUUUGAACAAGAAUUUGACAGACUUGGUUCGAAAGCUUUAUAUGCUUUUGUCUACCCGAACUUCAUGAUCAAUAGGUAUGGACCAUGGAUGGACACCAAUCUCGUACUACCACUUGGACCACGGAAGUGCCAAGUGAUUUUCGAUUAUUUUCUAGAUGCUUAUCUCAAGGAUGACAGCGCUUUCAUUGAAAAGAGUUUGGAAGACAGCGAGAAAGUGCAAGAUGAAGAUAUAAUUUUAUGCAAAGCCGUUCAACAAGGCCUUGAAUCUCCUGCAUAUGACGUUGGGCGAUACAGCCCAACUGUUGAGAUGGCUAUGCAUCAUUUUCAUUGCCUGCUGCAAGAAAACCUCAGCCAGUCAUUCCGGAGAAGUAGGUGAUCCACUUGGAUCCAAUGAUUUUCAUUCAUGGAAACAACACACCACACACCUCGGCCAAAAGCCGAAAGGCUCGUGUUGUACUCUCUAAUAUCAACAAUUUGGUCAAGUCAGAAAAAAAUCAAUCAAAGAUAUCACAUGUUCACCUUACCCACGCGUUCGCUGCUCUAUAUCAAACUUGUGCAACGUACAUUUUGGAUCUGUACUGCAGAUAUUCAUUCGUAAUUUCACUCUUGAAAACUUUUGUUUGUUACU